GAGCAAGGUGAAGAACGAGAGAGAGAGAGAGACAGAAAGAGAGGGAGCGCAAAGUGACAUCUCGCCUUUCCCACGUAACCCUAGUUCGGGGCAAGACUUAUUGCCAUGCCUCGGUACUCUCGAUCGCGGAGCCGAUCGCCGGCACGCCGUUCCCGCCGGUAUUCCAGAUCCCCGGAGUCGCCUCCAUCCGACUGCGCCAACAUUUUCUGCGGCAACAUGAACCCCACCUCCAACAAGCACGACCUGGAGCACAUCUUCAAACGCUACGGGAAGAUCGUCGACAUCUGGGUGGCCAGGAAACCCCCCGGUUUCGGCUUCGUGUACAUGGACGACCCGCUUGACGCCAGGGAUGCCGUCAAGGGGCUGCACGGCACGACUCUUCACGGCAGCGUGCUCCGCAUCGAGAUCUCGGCCAACAACAAGAACAAGCUUGGCCCCCGCGGGGGUUACAGGGAGAGGAAGGAGCUCGCCUACGAUGGAAGGGCCUCUACCAGGGACAGGGACAGGUACCGCUCUCGCUCUCGCUCCCGCUCCUUGAGCCGAGACCGUGGCAGGGGGCGACGCGAUAGGGACCGCGACUACGGGUACAGCGGGAGGGGGGGG